AUGAAUAAAUUGUCACAUUUAAGCGGAUAUCAAACUGCUCUGCCACUACAGGUCGUUAAUAAAUUAUUUGUUAGAAGUAUUGGUAACUCAGGACGGAAAGAAAUUGAGGAAAGUUAUAAACUCCUUAAUAUUCCGCUUGAUUCUAAGCAUGACACAGUUCGUCAAGCAUUCUUAGAACUUGCUAAAAAGUAUCAUCCAGAUUCCCAGUCUCCACACGCCGAUAUAGAAAAGUUUGUGGCUGUUGAGAAUGCAUUCAGAAUAAUUUCUAAACAUAAUACAGGAUCCAAUGGUAGGGCAGAGGUUGAAAAAAUUGUUUUUGAUAUAAGGCACACAGCACCACAACACAGACAAUACCUGAGUUAUGAAGGUGUUGGCAAUGGUACUCCAUAUCAGAGAGAGAAACAAUGGAUUCAAGUGCGAGCACAAAAAGCAGCAAACAAUGUGAUGGAGCAUCGAGUGUCUAAGGCUGUGGCAUCAGACAAAACAUUAAUGAAGAAGGGUUCUUUGAAUAAACAUGCCAUUAAAACUAAAUAUGGGUUUGAUCGAUUAGUUGAGGAUCUAAUUCAAGAGUCAAUGUCUAAGGGUGAAUUUGAAAAUUUAAGUGGAAAAGGAAAGCCUUUGAAAGACCAGAAUAGGAAUCCAUAUGUUGACUUUACUACUCAUAAGUUGAAUGAGGUUUUAAUAAAUAAUGGCUUUACACCUGAAUGGAUAACUAUGAGUAAAGACAUAGACCAAGACAUUGAACUGUUAAAGGAUGAAAUUAAAAAGGAAAGAAUGUAUCUUGGCCCAUACCCAUUUUCAGAAACAGAUAAUGAGAAAUGGUUUAAAAUAUAUGAAAAUAACAAAAAUUUAGCUAAAUCCAUUAACACAAAAAUAAAUACAUAUAAUUUAAUUGUUCCCCUACUAAAUAAACAAAAAUUUCAUGUAGAAUAUGAUAAAAUUUGCCAAGAUAUUUGCACAAAUGGUAAACACUCUGUUGAAGGUGUUUUGGAGAAACAGGAAGUUCGAUUUGUGCAUGUCCAAGAUAAUGAAGAUAUUAUUUCCAUAAUUUUCAAAGCUUUUAGUGAAAUAAUUAACUUUAACCCUGACAAGAAGAAGGCAUAA